AUGGACGACCAAUUCGGAGGCCGCACGGACGACGAUCUUUUCUUCGACGAUUUCGAGCCUGUAAGCGGCCCCCAGGCCGUCGAAACCAUCGCAGCCCCUCCUCCCCCUCCCGCCGCCGUCGCGACGCCGCCUGUCGAGCCUCCCAAACCCGAACCAAUUGCGCCAAAACCUGUGGAACAGCCUCCUCCCCAACAACCCUCCGCGAAGCGGCCAUCCACUGCGCCCCGGGGUGGUCUCGCAAACUCGAGGUUCGCUGACAAGCCUGCCGCUGCCCCGCGCCCUCCCCGCCAGGCAGCCCCCGCGCCGACACCCCCGACCACGACCACGCCGACUCCUCAGCCGCCCGCCGGUCCCGCGGCGCAAACCGCGACAGCACCAGCGGGGCCUACCGUGCCCGCGGCCGCAGCAAAUACCUCGCCAGCCGCGACAACCAAGAGCGCAUCCCCCGCGCCUCACGCGCCCCGCGAAAAGCAGCAGCCGCCACCCACCGCGCCCACGGGUCCGGCCGCCAGCACCACCACCCCCGGCGCAACCCCCGGCGCAAACACAGCCCUCAACGCCGCGGCGCGUCUGGGGUCCGGCGCGAACCCGCGGACCAAGCUCACCGAGGCGGAGCUGGCGGCCAAGAUGGAGCAGAUGCGGAUCCUCAACGCCGAAAAGACGCGCAAGUUCGAGCAGGCCGAGCAGGACGAGCGCAGCCACGCCGAGGCGUACGCGCGCGGCAUGGAGGAGGCGCGGCAGCGCAGAAAGCUUGAGGAGGAGAGGCGGCGGCGCGGCGAGGAGGAGCGCAAGCGCAUGGACGACGAGCGUGCCAAGAACAGAGAGAGGAAGCUUAAGGCCAUGAGCAUGAAGGAGGGCGGCUGGGACGAGGGGAAAGACGCGCUUGCGCAGGAGGAGGAGAAGAGGGGGUUCCGCGGGGCGAAUGGCGGCGUUCGCGGGACGCGGUCUGGCGCGGGCCUCUCGGGAAGCAGAUUUGCGCGCGAGGACGAGCCUGGUGAUCGGUAUGCCGGCGCCGGCGAGGAGCGAAGAGGCGGCCGCGGCCGCGGUAGGGGUCGCGGUCAAGGGCGGGGUGGACGGGGAGGCCGAGGUGGAUACGGCAAUGAGCACGAGCGCGAUCCCGCGUCCAACGGCGCACCCGAGGCCAAGCCUGCUGUCGCGAAGCCCCCCGCGCCGGCGCCGGUCAUCAGCACCGAGGAGUUCCCUGCUCUGCCUGGGAAGACCACGGGCGGCGAUAUGUCGCCGCCAGUCCUGUCGCCUCUCGGCCGUUGGGACGACGAGAUGGAGGCAUUCGACGCCAAGUUGAAGAGCGCCGCUGACGCUGCGAAAUAA